AUGUGGUUAAAUAAACUUCAACAACUUGUUUUAGAACAAUCACCUGUUUAUCCAUUACGUGCUAUGGGUACUUGUUUAGCUCAAGUAUCACCAUCAAUUCCACGUGAUUUAUUUAAUGCAUCGUUUAUAUCUUGUUGGAGUGAAUUAAAUUCUCAAGAUCGAGCAAGUUUAACAGCUGCAUUAACAUAUGUUUUAUCCGUAUGUGAUAAACCUGAUGUUAUACAAAUAAUAUUAAAUUUAGCUGAAUUUCGUAAUCAUUGUGAUUUAAAAUUAAAAUUAGAACGACAACAAAAAGGAAAUAAACGAGGUGAAGAUGUAAAUUUAAAUGAUACAAAUGAUGAAAUAAGCAAUGAUAAAGAAAAAACAACUAAAAAAGAUCAAAGUUCCGAUAAUGAUGAUGAUACAGAAAGAUCAUUAAUUAAUAUUCAUUUAUUAAGUGAAAAAGCUUUUUCAGUUCGAGCUUAUGCUAAAGCUUUAAGAUAUAAAGAAGAAGAAUUUCAAAAACAACAGAAUUCAUCGGUAAAUGAAGCAUCUAUUUUAUCCGAUAUUGUUGAAUCAUUAAUUAGUAUUAAUCAUGAAUUACAACAAUCUGAAGCUGCAUAUGGUGCAUUACAAUAUGCUAAACAUAAUAAUAUUAAAAUAAAAGGUCUUUGGUAUGAAAAAUUAAAUCAAUGGGAACGUGCAUUAAGAAAUUAUGAAUUUUAUCGAACAAAUGAUUCAUCUAAUAUGGAUAUACAUAUGGGACGUAUGAGAUGUAUGCAAGCACUUGGUUCAUGGUCUGAUUUAAAAGAUUUAUCAAGUCAAGUAUGGGAUUUAACUGAACAAAUUCGUGAUGAACAACCUGCAGCAAUGUUACCAUUUACAACAAGUUUAAUUGAUAGAAAUUCUUCAUCAUCAUCAGUAUUACAUCCUUCGCAAGGUAUGAUAAAUGGACGUGAAUUAAAAAAAAUUCUUCAACAAAAAAUUGCACCUAUGGCAACACGUGCAGCAUGGAGUCUUGGUGAUUUAUCUGAUAUGGAAAAAUAUUAUAUUCAUAUACCAGAUACGAAAUUUGAAGGUGCAUAUUAUCGUGCUGUUGAUGCAAUUCGAAAUGAUAAUUAUAGACAAGCACAAGAUUCAAUUGAUUUAGCAAGAGAAUUAUUAGAUGUUGAAUUAACAACAUUAGCUAAUGAAAGUUAUAAUCGAGCAUAUUCAGCUAUGAUUAAUGCUCAACUUUUAUCUGAAUUAGAAGAAGCAUGGUAUUAUAAAAUCUUACCUGAACGUCGUCAAUCAAUCUGUGAAAUUUGGCAAAAACGUAUGCAAGGAAAUCAACCAAUAAUUGAUGAUUAUCAUCGUUUAUUAUUAACACAUUCACUAUGUUUACCCAUGGCACAAGAUCUUCAAUCUUGGAUUAAAUUAGCUAAUCUUUGUCGUAAAUCAAAUCGUUUAACAAUGGCUGAUUUUAUAUUUAAAGAACUUGCUCAUACAGUAUUAACUGAUCAAACAAAUAUUAAUCGUGAUAUAUCAAUAGUAAGUUCAAAUACAUAUCAAAGUCAAACAUCACAUCAUUUUAAUGUUCAAACAACAACAACACCAGCAUUUUCAAUUCCAUCACAACAAAAUUAUUAUCAUCCAUCAUUAAUUGAUCAACAAUUAGUUAAAUAUGAAAAAGCUAAAUAUGAUUGGCAUUGUUUAGUUGCAACACGUGAACGUCUUUUACUUGAAAGACAAAAUCGUAAACAAGUUUUUAAUAAUGAAAAUACACCAAUAAUUGAAAAUAAUCAUGGUAUAACUUCACUACCAACAUCAUCAUCAUCUGUUAGUAUAUCAACAUCAGUAUCGGCAAAUAUUGAAAUUACAAAUUUUAAACUUGAACAAAAUCGUCAAGAACAAUUUAAAUUAAUUGAAGAAAUGAAAGAAAUGGUUACGAAAACAUGUUUACCUGCAUUAGAUCAUUUAAGAAAACAAGCAGCAACAACAACUGGAACUGUUCAACAACAAAAUAUUAUUACAACAAGUGGAGGUACAACACCUGCUAUUACAGGAACAACAUUAACUGGACAAACUCAAACUCUUAGUGGUGCUGGACCACAAAUAACUCCACUAUUAAUAACAACAACAACAGCAACACCACCAUUAAAUUCCACUGCAUUUUCUUUAAUGACAACAACAUCUUUAUCAACAUCAUCUCAACCAAUAAAUCAACGUGAACAACGUCUUCGUCAAUUAAUAUCAAAAUGUUAUUUACGAUUAGGUACAUGGCAACAUGAAUUAUUUGGUAUGACUGAUGAAUUAACAUUAACUGAAAUUAUGAAAAAUUAUGAACAUGCUUGGACAUAUGAUGAAUCAAAUUAUAAAGCAUGGAAUGCUUAUGCUGUACUUAAUUAUGAUGCUGUUAAUCAUUUUAAACAACGUAUAACAUCACCAUCACGUCAACAACCACAAUCACAACCAUUAACACCACCGCCACCAACACAAAUAACAACUUCUCAACAACCAAAUCUUGAUGCAUCAAAUGAAACCUACCCACAAUUAACAGCAAAAAUGAUACAUUGUACAAUUCCAGCUGUUAAAGGUUUACUUAAAUCAAUUUUACUUUCAAAAGCUAAACAUUGUCUACAAGAUACUCUUCGUUUAUUAACACUUUGGUUUGAAUAUGGACAAUAUCGUGAAGUACAUGAAGCACUUGUUGAAGGUAUUCGUACAGUACCUGUUGAAGUAUGGUUACAAGUUUUACCACAAUUAAUUGCACGUAUUGAUUCUCCAAGACCAUUAGUUCAUCAAUUAAUACGACAUUUACUUAUUGAUGUUGGUCGACAACAUCCUCAAGCUUUAAUUUAUCCAUUAGUUGUUGCAUCAAAAUCAGUUGUACGUGAACGUGAACUUGCAGCAAAUACAGUUUUAAAUAAUAUGAGAGAACAUAGUCAUACACUUGUACAACAAGCUAUGGUUGUUAGUGAAGAAUUAAUACGAAUAUCAAUAUUAUGGCAUGAAAAAUGGCGUGAAGGUUUAGUAGAAGCAUCAACACAAUAUUUUGAUGAACGAAGUAUACCAGGUAUGAUUGAAACAUUAGAACCAUUACAUACAGCAAUUGAACGUGGAAGUACAACAUUAAAUGAACGUACAUUUCUUGAUUCGUAUAGUAAUGAUUUAUCUCAAGCUCAUGAAUGUAUUCGUCGUUUUCAACGAACAAAAGAUCAACGUGAAUUAGAUCAAGCAUGGGGUCUUUAUCAUCAAGUAUAUAAACGUAUUUGUGCUCAAUUACCAAAUAUAACAUCAUUGGAAUUAGAUUAUGUUUCUCCACGAUUAGCAACACAUUGCCGUGAUUUAGAAUUAGCUGUUCCCGGUACAUACGAACCAUAUAAACCACCAAUUACAAUUCGAAGUGUUCAUUCUCGUAUAACAGUUAUAACAUCAAAACAACGACCAAGAAAAAUUAGUAUAACAGGUUCAGAUGGUUUUGAAUAUGUAUUUUUAUUAAAAGGACAUGAAGAUUUAAGACAAGAUGAACGUGUUAUGCAAUUAUUUGGUUUAGUUAAUGAAUUUCUUUCAGCUAAUGAUGAAACACGUCGUCGAAAUUUUAUUAUUCAACGUUAUCCAGUUAUACCAUUAGCACCAAAUAAUGGUUUACUUGGUUGGGUUGCUCACUGUGAUACAUUUCAUACAUUAAUCAAAGAACAUCGUGAAAACGCAUGUAUUAUGGUUGAUACUGAACCUCGUUAUAUGCAAGCGAAAGCUCCAAAUUAUGAUCAAUUACCGCUAAUCAAUAAAGUUGAAGUUUUUGAAUAUGCAUUGAACUUAUUAGAAGGAGAUGAUUUAGCUAAGAUUCUAUGGCAUAAAAGUUCAAGUGCUGAAAUAUGGUUAGAUAGACGAUCAAAUUAUACAAGGUCGUUAGCAGUUAUGUCAAUGGUUGGUUAUAUAUUAGGUUUAGGUGAUCGUCAUCCAUCAAAUUUAAUGCUUGAUCGUGCUAGUGGAAAAGUUGUUCAUAUAGAUUUUGGUGAUUGUUUUGAAGUUGCAAUGACAAGAGAAAAAUUCCCAGAAAAAAUUCCAUUCCGUUUAACACGUAUGUUACGUAAAGCAAUGGAAGUAACAGGAAUUGAUGGAACAUUUCGUAUGACAUGUGAACAUGUUAUGGAUGUAUUACGAAAAAAUCGUGAUAGUCUUAUGGCUGUAUUAGAAGCAUUUGUUCAUGAUCCAUUAUUAAAUUGGCGUUUAUUAGAAAGUAAUAAUGAACAAAAUGGUGGAACAUCAAAUGUAAGUAAUAGAUCACCUCAAACAGGUCAACCACAACAAGCACAUUAUCAACCACAGUUAUCAACAGUUAAUGAAGAAGAUGCUGAACAUGAAAGUACAAUUGGUGGUAAAGUACAACAACAACAAAAUCUUGUAACACAACCGGGUAGAACAAUACGAGCCGUUGAAAUAAUGAAUCGUGUACGAGAAAAAUUAACGGGAAGUGAUUUUCAUCGAGAACAACCUGUGGAUAUUCCAACACAAGUUGAAUUACUCAUUAAACAAGCAACAAGUCAUGAAAAUCUAUGCCAAUUAUACAUGGGUUGGUCUCCAUUUUGGUAA